CUUAUAAAAUUGUCCGUAAAAGUUCUAAAACUUGUAAAAAUAAUGUCCUUGGUUGCAUAUGCUUCAAGUAGUGGUGAUGAAAGUACUGAUACUGAAGAUAACGAACCAUCGCCACCAUCACCUACUAAAAAAGAACCCGUGCUCAAUGGUCACAUUAGCGACGAAGAUGAAGACAUACCUGUUAUAACCGAACCUUCUCCAUUUAAAUCUUUUCUAAAUCUUCCAGCACCGAAAUCUGUCGUAGAUACUGAUACCAUUCACUCUCUCUUUGAAAAACUACCUGAACCCAAAACAAAAAUCGAUGUAAUUGAAGAGGAAGACGAUGAAUUUCUUCGCAAAAAAGCAACUCCUCUGGAAACUACUCCAAAACCAAAAGUUCCUCCGCCAUCGAAGAAUUUAGUUCGCAUAACAAUACCAUCACUGAAAGACUUUGAUGACGUGGAAGCAAAGAAAGAAAAGCCUACGGAUGUGCCCAUUAAACAGUCUGGGUUUUCUAGUCUCAUCAGCAUUCUUCCAACUCCCAAAUCCGAACAGAGUUUUGUCAAACCAAAGCCAUCUGAAAAUGAGACUCCAAGUAAACAACCAUCCAAGCCAAUGGCAUUUGUUCCCGAUGCCGUAAAGAACCGUCGACCUGCUCACAACACGGAGAAUGUUGAUAGAACAGUGUCAACCAAAAAGCAUGGCCCAAAGCCAAAGCCUAAAGUCUCUUUGGUGAGUGUGAGUGACAGCGAAGGUUCAGACAAUGAAGGUGGUGAUUUCUUCUCCCUCACCAAUGACGACAAACUACCUGAAGUUAGCAAGGACGAGAUUGCUGCCAUGGUGUCUAAGAAAGCCGCUGAAAUGGCAAAAAGUUCAUCGAAAUUCCUUGCCAUUACUCAAACCAAUGAACCGCAAUUGGACGAAAUACCCCAAGAAGAUCUAUCUGCUGGUAGUAGCAAACAGACGCUUGACAACGAGGCCAUUCAAGCACUCAUGGGCAGCCAAGCGAAACGUCUUAAAAUGGAUGAUAUUCAAAUCAUCGAUAUUGUCCCCGAUCAAGUACAACCCAAUAAAGACGAAUGGCUACGAACUGCCCUGGCGUCAGCAACAACCUAUCAACCCACCGGUGUGCUGACAGACGAAGAACCUGCCGCAGGCACUCGAAGGAAACAUCAAAUUACCUAUUUGGCUCAUAAGGCAAAGGCAAAUGAAGCCGAAUUGCAGGCAAUGUGGUCUGCAAAUCGUCAAAACAGAAGACAAACACAAAACAAAUAUGGUUUUUAACGUUUCGCUUUUAUUCCUGUAAAGAAUUUAUGUUUUUUAAAAAUUAAAUAAAGUUUAUGAUAAAAAUAA